UCUGAUUAUGAUGUGAGUGUCUGAUGAAGGCCGCAAACGCGCGAAAAUUAAAAGAAUUGUACGUAACAUGCGAUAGCCUUCUGGCCUGUCGAUGCGAAGCGACGGAUCGGACGGCCACUGCCACCCGUGGGCUGUCGGCUUCCUCUAGCUCUAGCUCUCGCGGUGCUACCGGUACCGGCGCGCGCGGCAGAUCGUUGCGUACCAUAUGACGGAGCCCAUGUCAAGAAUGAACUACACUGCCUAGAAUUUCUAGUCAACUCCUGUCGAUUCUGCAUCCCACGUUCAUGACGUUCUAACUUGGCUGUUCCGCGUCUGGUAACUGAAUAAAUAUUGAGAAUGGGAAUUCAGGGACUUCUCCCAUUCUUGAAGGAGGCAUCUGAGCCUAUUCACAUCAGGAAAUACAAGGGGUAUACCCUUGGUAUUGAUACAUACUGCUGGAUACAUCGUGGAGCAGUAGCCUGUGCCACUCAGUUAGCUAAAGGAGAUCCGGCUGAUCAUUUUGUAAGAUAUUGCUUGAAGUAUGUUAACAUGCUGAGGGCGCUAGACAUCAAACCAGUCAUGGUGUUUGACGGAAGGAAUCUACCGGCAAAAGCUGCCGUUGAAGACAGCAGAAGAGAACGACGAGAGACAUACAGUCGAAAGGGACGUCAGUUCUUGAGAGAAGGGAAGGCCAGUGAAGCAAGGGAUUGUUUUGUGAAAUGCAUCAAUGUUACACCAGAGAUGGCUUUGGAUGUAAUGAAGGCGGUAAGGAGCUUCGGUGUAGACUGCAUUGUAGCUCCUUACGAGGCCGAUGCACAACUGGCCUACCUUGAGAAACAUGGCUUUGUUCAGGCUGUCAUUACAGAAGACUCGGAUCUCAUUGCGUUUGGCUGUAAGAAGGUCAUCGUCAAGCUAGACUUGGCAGGUAACUGCAUGGAAGUAGACUCCUCGCGCCUCAAUAUAGCCAUGAAGGUCGGAGAGAAAUUCACACCUGAGAAGUUCCGCUAUAUGUGUAUCGUUGCUGGUUGCGACUACCUGGCGUCGCUGCCAGGGAUAGGUAUCGGCAAGGCACGGAAACUCUUCCAGCUGACAGUAAACCCUGAUAUUAAACAGGUUAUUAAGAGAAUGGCAACGACCCUGAAAAUGAAAUCAACAACUGUGACCCCAGAAUACAUGGAGGGAUUCCAGCAGGCAAACAACACAUUCCUAUAUCAACUGGCCUAUGACCCCAAUAAGAAGAAGCUGCAACCUUUAACCCCAUACCCGCCAGAGGUCGGACCAUCAACGCUGACCUACGCUGGCAAAUAUGUUGAUGAAAACAAGGCUUAUCAGAUGGCGUUGGGUAACAUCAAUUUUAACACCAUGGAAAGAAUGGCAGACUUUGAUCCAAUGGUCAACAAGCAUCAUGACAAGAAGACACCAAGGUACUUGUUGAGUAUUUGGCAUAAGGACUACCAACCAGGUCCUGGACUAGGAUGCUUGGACCAGGACCAUGUAGAACGAGAAGGGACAAAGGGAAAAGAAAUAACUGUCGAGGUUAAGCACAGACUGAUCCAGAAGAAGAGACAGAGAGAGGAAGAAGAGGAAGUUCAAGGUCCAUCAGAUGACCAGCUCUCCUCCAUGUAUACCAACACCACGGCCAAAGGAUGGUCAGAUGAGAACCAGUGGUUAGAAUGCCAACGGGUCAUCCCCGAGACUCCUGACAAAGAUGUGAUAGAAGAGAUCAAACCUGCUAAGAGGAAUAGGUUUGCUACUAAGCUAACAUCCAAGAAGAGAGCUAACAUAGUCAACAGUGGAGAGGUGGUUACUAGUAGGUUUUUCCAGCCCAAGAAGCUGGAUGUCUCAGGAGAGAAUAAGCAGCAGAUACCUGGUGAUAGCAAGAUCAAAAUGGAAAAGAAAGAAAACCAAAGAAUUAAUAUGAACACUUCAGGACUUCUAGAAGGAAUUGUCGACAUUGAAAUGGAACAACAGAAACAAUUCAAAGCAGAAAGUGACGGUGAUGAUGAAGAGACUGAAAACUCAGAGGACGUGAUUGCGAUUGAAUCGAAGGAAAGUAUUUGUGGUAGUCGUUCCAAACAGACACAUGUCUCAAAGAGCAUAAAUGCAUUACAAAGGUUUCAGAGGUCUUCCUCUGCCCCUGUACUAAUGAAAACUGAAAGGAAUCUUUCAUCAAACUCACUCUCUACCUCUGUGAAACCUAAAACCUUGCCCGCAAGCCAGCAAUCUGAAGAUAUCCCUGACUCACAGAAGAGCAUUAUAGAGAUUGAAUCCUCUCAAGAUUCUGUAUGUUCGGUGAGGAGUGUCGAUACCUGCAGUCAAUCGUCAUCACUGUCUUCAAGCCAGAGACAAGGUACACCCAGACCUAGGGGUGCCUUCUCCUGGAGCAGGAAAAAAGAACUACAAGGCAAGAAGUCUACCAAGGACAGUAAACAGACCACAUUGGGGUCACUCAGUAACUUCCUAUUCAAACCCACACUGCAAAAGAAACCCAUGCCAAGGCAGGCUGUUGUAAGUGUCCAAGAUGGCCUACCGGAGAGCAACAGCCUGAGCAGGAGAGAUUCAUUUGAGAGACCAUCCUCCCCUGUGUCGCAGGAUUCCUCAUCGCAGCUCUUGAGUCUGUCUCGUUCCUCAUCCAUACCGGGAAGCAUGGACAUGGCAAGACUAGGUGAAGACAUCACUUUCAUGGAUUCACAGAGCAGUAACAUGACAGAAAGCCAGGACACUAGUUCUAUUGAUCUCACAUCAGAUGCAACCUCACAGCUCAUAGAGUUAUCUAUACCCCCACUCCCUCAGCUACCAUUCCAGAUAGAUGUCAACACAGAGGAGGAGAGUAAAAGAGAGAGGAUGGAAGGGAUUGGAAGAGCUGGAUUGUCUAGAAAGAGAAAGAAAAUCCCCUCAUUUGAUGAUCACUCUCCAACCAAAGUCACCAGUGUAGUGUCCAGUCCUGAUACCGACGAUGUGUCUCUUUCCAGUUCCACCGCAUCAUCACCUCCACCGGCUUCUGCAUCUUUAGACACCGCCAAAAUCAUUGCCAUGGCAACUGCAUCACAAUUUAAAGACUCUAAUCAAAAUGAUGCUGUUUCAGGAGCAAUUCAAGGAGCAGGGGAUGGUCUUGGGUCAUCUGGUUGCUCUAGGGGAGGAGAGACGGAGGUGUCGUUGGGUGUGGUCGGGAAGAAGGGCGUGGUAAUGCAAGAAGAGGAAUGGGAGAACACUCCACCAGGGAGGGGAGGGGUGUCGCCCUACAAGAGACACCGGAAUAGAAGUCUAUCAGGAAAAAGACAUCAGGGACCAGGAGCUGGGUUCACCAGAGAAGCAAAUCAACAAAAUGCCAUCAUUUCUGAGCCAAAGAAACAAUCAGCCUUUCUUGGUAAAUGUAAAGCAUCUGGUCUGUCCAAGAAGAGACGACUGAGUGGCAAAGGCAAACCAGAAGCAACUCCUAAGGGACAAACUUCUCUUCUUGCAUUCAUGGCGAAACCAAAGACAAGGAAUCCACUGAUCAGCCAGAAAGGGGUUUCUCCACUCUCACCAAAUAGAGCAAACAUACAUGCAGACCUCACUCCAGAAACAGAUGGUAGUCUACUGUCCAGACAGGGACGUGCACUCGCCACCAAGAGGCAUAUAUUUGAGUAACACUGUCCGUCACCGCAUCAUUUUCAUCAUCAUUGUACACGUCUUGAUCGUCGGUUACCUAUCCUCAAGUCCAGUACUUCAUAACAUAAACAUGGUCUGGUGGUUCUAUCUCUCGCUUUUGAAACUGAGGGCCAUGGGUUCUAAUCCCAGCCAUGGCAUGAGAUCCUUCAGUAAAAAAUUGGGCCACAGUGUGCUGCACUUAACCAACGUGAAAUGGGUCCACAGUUGCCAGGACAAACCUGUGACACCAUAGUUUGCGCAUAUUUUGUAAGAAUUUUUUGGAGGGCUAAUACCAAUUGAUAUGCUAUUAUUUCUUCAUGAGAUUUGACAUACCAUAAAGUGUAAACAUAGAGAAAGUACUAGACUUAUUUGUAGUCAAUUUUUUUUCUUGUCACAUGAGAAUUCAUGUCUUGUAUUAAUUAUUGUCAAGAUAGAUCACAAACGAUAUUGUUCAAUGCUAUUCAAUACCAAUUUAUUGCAUUCAGUCGUAUUCAGUGAAGUGUGAUUCACUAGUAUAUUUAAUUAAUUGGCUGCCCUUUACUUUUAUUAGGAAUCACACAAUAUGGUGGUAAAAUGUACAUUCAGUUUAUUCGACCAAAUAGUAAACCAAUUCGGUUAUGCACAUGUGGCAUUAGACUAUCUGAUGAGCAGACCAAGAACUUGUACAUCCAUUGAAUGUACCGUUGAUAGUAAAUGUAUGUUUGUGUAAGUUACAAGUGCAGCUAGGUAAAGGAUGUUAAUGUAAUUUAAGCAAGGUUCAGCAAUUAUUGUAAACUGUCCAUGCAAUCAAGUUUCCGAUCCAAACUCCAUUGUUAAUGUAAUCAACCUUAUCAUUCUUUUCAGGGACUCUACGUAACACUUUACAGAUUAAUUGAAGUUAUGUAAAUGCUUCAAGGAAAGGCUGUGAAGAUAAAAUGUCAUUUUUUGUUAUCCCAACAGGAUUUGGGAGUUGUUGAUGAUGGCUUUAAUCUUUUUUAUAUUUCAUUGUCACCUUUAGUAAAUCAAUCAAAGUCUUGAGGCGAGACCUUGGUCAUGUUAUAUAAAACAAAAUAAAAUAAUUCUACAAUUGACUGUACGUUUACUUGUAUUAUUGUCAGUCUAUCAGUUUCAUUUGAUUUAGAUUUAAGUUUAAAUAGAUCCAUGAAACUUUGCAUUGCUUAUAUGAGGAAUGGAAGGGAAUAGACAGCUAGAUUUAAUUCCAUGUGUGUAUGCUCAAAGGGACAAAGGAGGGAUUAAUAAUUAACCAUAGUUUAAAAUGAAUAUUGGUCAAUUUAAAAUGACAACUGGGAAAUUAUAGAACUAUUGACCUAUUAAAUGUUGAUUUACUUCAACCCAUUACAAAGCAGAAUUAUAUCUAACUUGAAUUAUAUAAACCCAUUUUCUUUCAUUUCAUGUCUCUUUACAUUCUAGUCAAUUUGUUUAAUGAAUAAAUUAAACCAUUAAGACUGUUUAGUUUCGACAGAUUUCAGUAAUGUUCUUGAAAUCUAUGAGUAAGUAAACAAAAACUAGUAACGCAAAUGUUUGUGAUGGAUUAAAAAUAUGGGAGCAUCAUUUUGAUUGGUUUCAGCUCAGUGUUAUGAACAAAAUACAAAUGCAAUAAUGAUAUUGAUUGGUCAUUGCCAUUUCGCUAUCGAUUGCAAACAUGUUACAGAACUCUAGUGUUAGUUUAGUUUUAUUUUAUUUUAUUUUUUUUUAGGCUUUUUUUUUUUGGGGGGGGGGUUAAUGCAGGUGGGAGACCGUUUUCUCAUUUUACCACCUCAUGAACUAGUGCUUACUUUUAUCAAAUUUGAUCAAUUUAAACAAUUAAGUAUUAUCAAGUUUAAUUAUGAACCAAGAGUAAUAUUGUAUGUGUGUAAUGAUAUGAUGGAUAAUAUUGUCAUUUUUUAUGAUUUGAUGUAAGGAUGUAUGUGGUUCAUAUCUCAUGAACACCAUGUAUCUGAAGUCAAUUGUUGUUUUGUCUAAUAUUUUUUCCCCCUCAUUGGUGUUGGUGUAACUAAUCAUGAAGAUCUUCGUGUAAGAUAAUUUGCUGCCAAAUUAACUUUUGUGUGCCACAAUUUUACCAGAAAUAAACAAUUUCAGCCAAAUAAAUUA